UUCAAAGUGGGAAAGGCACAUGUGCUAUGCAGACGCAGUUAAAGAGCUUAGACAACAGCUACUACAAGUGAAAGUUUGUUUUUUACAGAUAGUACUGUAGCCUGGAAGAUGUCCCGAGAGACUUUUGUGUUCACUUCUUCUACCCUACGAUCUCUGAGAGUACAGAGGGAAAUUCUGGAAUGGGAGGACCAAAAACGUGCCCUUUCUAGACGCCUCAUAGGCCGUAGACCUAUGCCAGGCUCCAUGAAGUCUCGAAGUGCCAAGCGUCGCUCUGAGACUUGGCACUGUAGGGAUGCUGCCAUCCACAAUGCUGUAUACACUGGUGAUCUGCGCAGCAUUUGUCAUAUCUUUAAAGAUGAGGACUCCGUCAACAUGAUAAUAGAAACUGUGAGUGAAGAACUUGUCUGGUCACCUGAAUUAGGUCUCUGGACCUUGACCCCUAAACAGAAGCAGACUUCUGCCCUGCGUAUUGCUGCAGCCAGAGGGUACACUGAUUGCCUGAGGCACUUAUUAAUGCAUGGUGCAGAUAUCAAUGCUGCCCCGGGUGGACAAACUGCCUUACAUGAUGCUUGUGCAAAUAAACAGACUGAAAGUACUGAGUUGCUUCUCAGCUUUGGAGCCAAUCCAAAUGUCUUCUCGGAAGAAGGUGUCACCCCACUUCACCUCUGCAACACUCCAGAAACAUUCCAAUGUGCGAAAUCCUUAUUGGAAUAUGGAGCAAAGGUUAACUUGCAAAGCAAAGAAAAUCAUAGUACGGCACUGCACACGGCUGCAAAACAUGGACUAGAGGAACACCUAAAGCUUUACCUCUGCUAUGGCGCUGACAUUUUUCAUAGGACUCGGGAGGGAGAAACAGCUCUCAAUGCUGCCUGCGCUGGUGCAGACAAACCUAGGGACUCUGGCCGUUAUUACAGGAUUGUCAUAAAGCUGAUUGAGUGUGGUGCUGAUGUGAAGGUGGCAGGACGAAAAAAGCACACACCACUUCACAAUGCCUGUGGGAAUGCACAUGCCAGGGUUGUAGAACUCUUGCUUCAACAUGGUGCACAAGUUAACGAUGCUAACAGUGCUGGAUACACCCCUAUGGACUGUAUUUUGCAUGCAGUUGAAGAUUACUUGGAAUGGCAGCCAGAAAGAAUCGUUCUAUCUUUGUUCAACUAUGGAGCUGCUGCUGUUGAUCCUGAGAUGCUUAAGUUGUGCGCUCUCUCCCCGCAAACAAUGGAGAUAGUAUUGAACAUGUAUCAGCAUGUGCCUUCAGCCACUUCAUGGGUAGAAAAAGUGACUCCUGAUGUCUGGAAGCAACAUCAGACUUUCUAUGAUUCAGUUAUCCAAAUGGUAAACCAGCCUCGUCAGCUGCAACACAUCGCUCGCUGUGCUGUACGUAAACAUCUGGGCAGCAGAUGCUACUCGUCUAUUUCAUCACUGAAACUUCCAAACUCUUUAAAAGAGUAUCUGCUCCUAAAAUUAGAAGGGUAUAUAAAAUAAGUGAAUUUCAUGUGUACUGUAACUUGUUAGUCAGAAUGGACCAUGACAAUUUGAGAAGGCUUAUUUUCUAUCCACAAUGAUUGACUUGGACUGUGAUUAAGUUAUGUGAGCUGUGUAAUAUCUAAGUUAUUUUAUUAGUAAGGCAGAUUGUGGUUCUUUACUCAUAAAGUAAGAUUUUCUUGCCAUUACAUUUGUUUACUAUGAAAGAUACAAAGAUUCCAUGUACCUUCUGGAAAUAAGACAUCUGAUAUUUGAUCACUGCACAUUUUGGUGGAUACUUUAAUAUAAAAUAAUAAAAUCAGUUUAUUAUUAGGCAUA